AUGUCUAUUCUCUCCAAGCCGAACCGAGGGCUCUUGCUCAACGUGGACCGCAACCCUAUCCUCCAUGGGAUCUUGAAGAAGACCUUUUACGAGCAAUUCUGUGCGGGCGAGAAUGCAGCCGAGACGAAAGCGACUAUCAAGGAAUUAAAGGAUAUGGGAUUCCGCGGUGUGAUCAUGACAUAUGCCAAAGAGACUGUGUUUGAUCAUCGCACCAAGACUCAACAGGGACUGGGGGUUGCCGCUUUGGAGGCUGAAAAGAAUGGAGACCAAUUGGAUCCUCGUCUGGUCCACUGUGCCAAUAUUGAAGCAUGGAGGAAGGGAACUCUGGAGACGGUGGAGCAGCUUGAAGAUGGAGACUACCUGGCUGUCAAAUUGACCGGGGCUGGUCCUACGGUCACCGAGGCCUUUUCCAAAGGCGAUCUCCCCCCAACACAAAUGAUUAACGCCAUGGACGAAGUGUGCCAAAGAUGCAAAGAGCGCAACGUGCGGAUCCUCGUCGACGCCGAGUCCCAGCAUUUCCAAUGGGGUAUCCUCCGCCUUACCCUCGACCUCAUGCGCAAGUAUAACCGCGACGGAUACGCCGUGGUCUACAACACCUACCAAGCCUACCUGAAGAGUACAACCGAGACACUGGCCAAGCACCUCGCUGCCGCCCAACAAGAAGGAUUCACCUUGGGCCUCAAACUCGUGCGGGGCGCGUACAUGGCCUCUGACGAACGAGCCCUUAUCCACGAUACCAAAGCCGACACCGACAACGCAUACAACACUAUUGCCCAGGGCGCUCUGAAGCGAGCCAUCGGUGACUUUGGAACAACCACCGCCUUCCCCUCCGUCAACCUCUUCCUAGCCAGCCAUAACCGCGAGAGCGUCAUGGCCGCCCACAAUCUUCACAAACAACGCACGCAAGCUGGACUACCCACCGUGCCCGUCGGCUUCGCACAACUGCACGGAAUGUCUGACGAAGUGAGCUUCUCGCUUCUCGCCCUGAAGGGUAGCGAUGGGUCGCCCGAGGUGUACAAGUGCUCUACCUGGGGCGCGAUGGGAGAGUGUUUGGCUUAUUUGCUGCGGCGGGCGAUUGAGAAUCGGGAUGCGGUUCUGCGGACGAGUGAUGAGUAUAAUGCGCUCAAGGCAGAGUUUAAGCGUAGAUUGAAGGGGGUUUCUCGUUUGCUACGCAGAAAUAAGCGUUGA